AUGUUCAGAGCAGCAGCUCCGGGCCCGUACGAUGAGGCCGUCGCCAAGGCGACGGACGAAAACCUCACGUCGGAGGACUGGGGCGCCAUCAUGGAGGUCUGCGACCGCGUCUCCGGCGAUGCGAAUGGCGCCAAGGAGUCCGUCCAGAGCAUGAUCAAGCGCCUCGCCCACCGCAACGCCAACGUCCAACUAUACACGCUUGAGCUUGCCAACGCUCUAAGCCAGAACUGCGGCAAGGCUAUGCACAGGGAGCUGGCGUCGCGCGCCUUCACCGACGCCCUGCUGAAGCUGGCCAACGACCGAAACACCCACUCCCAGGUCAAACCAAAGAUUCUCGAGCGCAUGAAGGAGUGGUCCGACAUGUUUAGCAAGGACGCUGACCUGGGCGUCAUGUACGACGCCUACUACCGCCUCAAGCAGACCAACCCUCAGCUGCAGCCUCCAAGCGCCCCGCAGAAGAAUCGCCUGACCGAUGUCGACCGACAGAAGGAGGAGGACGAGCUGCAGAUGGCGCUGAAGCUGUCACUGCAGGAAGAGGAGCGCAAGAAGAAUGCCGCCGCGCCCGGUCCCUCAUCGCAAGGCGGUGCUGGCCCGAGCACAGGAGGCCAGGAGGCGGCUGCUGCCCAGCCGCUACACCCGAUGCCGAGUGGUACCACGGCAGCAACUGUCAGCCGUGUGCGUGCUCUGUUCGACUUCGUGCCGUCGGAGCCUGGCGAGCUGGAGUUCAAGAAGGGAGAUGUGAUCGCUGUCCUAGAGAGCGUCUACAAAGACUGGUGGCGAGGCUCGUUGAAGGGCAAGACGGGCAUCUUCCCGUUGAACUACGUGGAGAAACUGACGGACCCUACACCUGACGAGCUUCAGCGCGAGGCACAGAUGGAGGCGGAGGUGUUUGCGGAAAUCAAGAAUGUCGAGAAGCUCUUGACGCUGCUAAGCACAAGCAACAGUGCGCCUAGAGAAGAGGAUAACGAAGAGAUCUCGAAGUUAUAUCACCAGACCCUAGCCAUCCGGCCGAAACUGAUCAAGCUGAUCGAGAAGUACUCGCAAAAGAAGGAUGACUUUACGCAGUUAAACGAGAAGUUCAUCAAAGCACGCAGAGACUAUGAGGCUUUACUGGAGUCAUCGAUGUCACACCCUCCCCAACCGACUUACCAGCAGUACGCUAUGAGGCCGCAAGUACCACAAGGAUACGGUAGCCCUGCUCCAAACUAUCCUCAACAACCUCCCCCGCAGCAAGAUCCUCAGAGAUUCUACACUCCCGCCCCCGCUCAAGGUUAG